CCGCUGCUCGCGCGCCUCCGGAGGGCAGCGGGCCCCGCCGCCGGCCCCGCCCGAUGGCGAGGCUGCGGGACCGCCUGCUCCGCCUGGCGCUCGCGAUCCGGUCCCUGCUCUUCUGGUCGCUGGUCUACUGCUACUGCGGGCUCUGCGCCUCCAUCCACCUGCUCAAACUUUUGUGGAGCAUCGGCAAGGGCCCCGCGCAGACCUUCCGGAGGGCGGCCCGCGAACACCCUCCCGCGUGUCUGAACGACCCCUCUUUGGGCACCCACUGCUACGUGCGGAUCAAGGAUUCGGGGUUAAGGUUUCAUUAUGUUGCUGCUGGUGAGAGAGGCAAACCACUUAUGCUGCUGCUUCAUGGAUUUCCAGAAUUCUGGUAUUCUUGGCGUCACCAACUGAGGGAAUUUAAAAGUGAAUAUCGAGUUGUAGCCCUUGAUCUGAGAGGCUAUGGAGAAACGGAUGCUCCCAUUCAUCGAGAGAAUUAUAAAUUGGACUGUCUAAUUACAGAUAUAAAGGAUAUUUUAGACUCUUUAGGGUAUAGCAAAUGUGUUCUUAUUGGCCAUGACUGGGGGGGAAUGAUUGCUUGGCUAAUCGCCAUCUGUUAUCCCGAAAUGGUGAUGAAGCUUAUUGUUAUUAACUUCCCUCAUCCAAAUGUAUUUACAGAAUAUAUUUUACGACACCCUGCCCAGCUGUUCAAAUCCAGCCAUUAUUACUUCUUCCAAAUACCAUGGUUCCCAGAAUUUAUGUUCUCAAUAAAUGAUUUCAAGGCUUUGAAACAUCUGUUUACCAGUCAAAGGACUGGCAUUGGAAGAAAAGGAUGUCGAUUAACAACAGAAGAUCUUGAAGCUUAUAUUUAUGUCUUCUCCCAGCCUGGAGCAUUAAGUGGCCCAAUUAACCAUUACCGAAAUAUCUUCAGCUGCCUGCCUCUCAAACAUCACAUGGUGACCAUUCCAACACUACUACUCUGGGGAGAGAAAGACGCAUUUAUGGAGGUUGAGAUGGCUGAAGUCACAAAGAUUUAUGUUAAAAAUUAUUUCAGGCUGACUAUUUUGUCAGAAGUUAGUCAUUGGCUUCAGCAAGAACAACCUGACAUAGUGAACAAACUGAUAUGGACAUUUCUGAAAGAAGAAACCAGAAAAAGAGAUUGACUUUUCUAUAUCUUCUAUGAGGGGUCUGUAAUGAAUCUCUAAAUUUUUAAUAAUUGUUCAUCAACCUCUUAAGCUUCAUUAGGAAAAAAUUGUUUUAAUAUGCUUUAUCAUAAAUAUUCUGACAAAUGAUAUUAAAAAAAUCUAAGAAUGUGCGAACUUGUAACAUGAUGUUGAUUUUCUUCUGUUGAAUUUUGCACAGAAAAGCAUCUGCCUUAAAAUGUGUACAUUGGUACAAAAAGGAAGUUGGGGAAAGUAGCUCAGUUUUGGUUUCUUGCCCUGUUAUCUGGUGCCUUUUAUAAAUGUAUAUUAAAGAUUAGGUGUGCCAUAUUAAAAAAGGCAAACUUGCAAUGGUAUAAAUUUUCAUUUUAUUGUUCAAAACUUCUUUUUACUAUUUUUCAUUAAAAAAUUAUGUUGUCAAAUCUCUCAGAUUUAUGAGUUUGAAGGCAAAUAUGAUUAGAAGAAUAUGAUUCUUAAAACAGGCCAUAAAUACUACUUAUACUGGAAAGAUUAACAAGAGAUGAUGUAGAGAUUUUCAUGAAUACAUAUAUAUACAUAUAUGUAUACAUAUGUACAUACCUAAUAUGUACAUAUUUAAUACGUAUGCACAUACGUAUUUAAUACAUAUACAAAAUAGGAAAGCACAUCCAUCAAAUUACUUGUCUUCAUUUUCUAGCUAAAUCGGUGAGAGAUUGAAACAAAAGAUCAAAAUAUCCUUUUGACCCAUUAUUGCAGUCAGAAUUGAAUUCUAUACUUCCUAUGUGCACUAGAAUCUAAUCUCCACAAAGCAUAGAUUUUUUUACUGUUUUAUUAACUGACAUAUAUACAACAUCUAGAAUAAGGGCCUGCUCGAUUAUAGGCACUCACAUAUUUGCUUAAUGAAUAAAUAGCAUAUCUGACACACUGCUAGGCACUGUGAGGGAAAUAUAAAGGAAAGAUGGUAAUACGGAACUUUUCCGUAAGAAGUAUACACAGCAUGCAGUUAAAUUAAACAAGGAUUCAAGAGUGGUAACGAACAUUACAAAUAAAAGUGGGAAGACUUACAGAGUAGAGACUGAUACAAGCUCAAGGGAAUACUCAUUGUCUUGGGUUGCUCUCAUUUGGCAUGGGUGAUAACCAGUAGCAUUGCCAAAUCAUGGCUCCUUAGAGACUACAACUGUAUUCCCAAAUAAGACUAAGUUGGUAAAAAAAAAAAAAAAAAAAAAAAAAAUUGUCUCUCUCACUAAGUGUAGUUCUGCUAGUGACAGAAGAAAGUGGAAUGUCCUUAAGAGUUCUCAUCAUUGUAUUGUAAGCAACUUGUAUUUACUAAUAAAAACUCAAUUUUCUAUAUA